AUGGACAUCGUCGAGGAGGACGGCGCAGGCGACGACGGUCCUACAAAGACCAAGGCGGCGCCACCCAAAGCCAUCCCUCAAGGCUUCGAUGGCGACGGCCGACGGAUCAUUCCGCCGCAAUUGCAAGCCGAGUUUACCACGAACGAAGGCGAAGAACUCAUUGCGCUGUUUGAGAGCGCAGACGAAGAUAAGAGCGGGUCCGUGGACGAGCAAGAGUUCCGCAAGUUGCUAGUACGCAUGGACAUUUGCAUCGCCGACGACGAAGUGGACAAACUGGUGGUUGAGGUCGACACCAACAACAACGGUCUGAUCGAGUGGGACGAGUUCGUCUCGAUGGUGGUCAAAGCCAAGCGGGGGGACGUCCGCUUCAGCAAACUUCACGCCAUGACCGCCUCCCUUAAGACGACGCCCGUGGCGCUGCUCGAAGCAGAAGCGGGCAAAUUCGGGCUCACGGUGGCAUUUCGGCUCUUGGAGGAGCGCAAAGCCACGAGUUACAACCCCAAGACGUACGUGAUGCAAGUGACCAUCACGACCAGCGAACGAACGACCGAAUCGUACGAAGCCAUUGGAUUUUCGUCCCGCGAGGCCAAGUUCAAAGUCGCCGAGCUCGCGUUGGUGAAAAUGCGCAAAAUGAAGCCUGGGUUCGAGUUCCCCGCCGGCGUAAUCCCUCCAACUUGGGACGACUGGACGUUCAACAACCUCAACAAAGGGGUGGCCCCUCUCAAAAUCCUCAAAACGUUGGUGGACAAGGGCUUUACACCGGCCGAGAACCUAACCUUCAUGAAGCGCGUGUCAAUCCACGUGUCGUACUUGCAUGUGAAAGCCACUUAUUCAGACACUACCUUGGUGUAUCCCAACUCGAUGGCGCUCACUACACCGUGGUGCCGGUGGGUGGACGAGCAGGUGGCGCGAGGGAUGGACGGCCCGCUGGUCCUGCACGCGCUGUGUCACAACGGUGGCGGAUACAACCCAUCGAAAGAUCCGCAUUUUGUCCAGCGACUGACCAAAAUGGGCGCGACGUCGCCGUACGACUUUUGGCAGUGUGUCCACGCGGGCAACUUGGCCGAAACCAAGUUGUUUGUGUGUGGAGGCCAAAACGUCAACGAGGAAAAGCUCGACCGACACGCGAAAACAGCCUAUACGCCGCUGCAGUUGGCCGCCAAGCACGGGUACUUGAACAUCGUCGAGUACUUGCUGCAGCACGGGGCAGAUGUUGGUGCCGCAAACAGCUUUCGACGCACGGCCUUGCUGUUUGCAGCUAGGCAUGGCCACCCUGCGGUGAUCAAACUGUUGCUGCGCCAUGGAGCGUCCAUCCUCGACCGCGACAACCUCGACAACACCCCGCUGCACAUGGCGGCGAUGGCCGGGUGUACGAGGUCUUGCGUGGAAUUGCUCACGUUCGAAGAAGAGUAUUUGCGGUCGUGCAUUGUCAACACCAACAAGAGCCUGUCCUUCAUGGACGAAUCCAAUAGUUUCCGAGGCAUAUUGCGGAGGUUGUUUGGGGACAUGAUGCACGCCAAGCUCCCCCGCAACGUUCGACCGACGUUCGCGUUGGCGUGGCUACCCGAAGCCGUCGAUUUGGCCUACACUAAAAUCAUCGGGGACAACCCAGUCGUAUCGAAAUACGUGCAGCGCCCGUCCCCCCAAGUGAUCGGUCGAAUGAUUCAUCGCUUUCGACAUCUCCAAAACGACAUACCCGACACGGGGGACGAAGUCGAAGUGCUGCAAAUGGAGCAGGACAGUCGCCAGUGCGUACUCAAUGCUGACCAUCUCCAGGUGUACAUCGAACAGUGCUUUCUCGAAGCGUACAAGAACACUACGAAUCGCCAAGGUCGCACGCCGCUGCACCUAGCGUGCGACGAGAAUCUCGUGUGCACCCAUGAAGGGGCGGUGAGGACGCUGGUAGACAUGUUUGGGUGUGACACGCACAUCCAGGACAACAUGGGGCGCACACCGUUGGAGUUGCUCCUCCAACGAAAGUACCGCCCUGGGAGCCCCAAGGACAACCGGGAGCUGGAGGUGACGCUGCAGAGCGCUCGGCAUCGGCGGCGGACGAACCAUGCGGUCCAACGGCAGCUGGAAAAGGACGCCGUCAAGCGCAGGGGGUUCGAAGAGUCUUUGCUGCAGCAGCUGCCACGUCAGCCGGAAACGAACGAUGUGGACUUGAUGCAUGCCAAGGACACGGCCAUCGUCAAAUCGACCAUCGCCGGGUGGCGGGAGUACGAAGACGGUUUGAGCCACAACCACUUUUACGAGCACAUCCACACGGGGCAGCUGCAAUUGCACAUGCCAGACGACGUCCGAGCGGCGCUGGAGCUGCGCAAGCAAUGGUACGUCCGGAAACUAUCGGCGCGGUUGCUUGAAAAGCGAGGCACCUGGACAAUGCACAAACAUGCCAAGAAGCAGCGUGUGUUCUUCUACAACACCGAGACGGGGCAGUACCAGUGGACAAAGCCGGCGGUCAUCGAUGGAUGGGUCAACAUCCCCCCCAACAUCAAGCGGACACUCGAGUCGAGUCCAGAUCUGGACGAGGAAGACAGCGACGACGAAGAAGAAGGCGAGCAUCGAGAAGCGAUCGAUCAAGUCUCCCAAAAGCUGUUGCGGGUGUUUGGCAGCUGGGAGGAGCACCACGACGCAGUCACGGGGGGCCGGGUGUAUUACAACACGGACACGAGGCAGUUGACUCGAACAAAGCCCGACGCGGUGUACAAGGACGAACUCAAGCGACAAGCGUACACGUUGCUUAUCCAAACCGCACAAUUCAAAGAUCGCAUUGGGUUGUGGGACAAGUACUAUGACGGCAACACGGACCACUGCUUUGUGUACAAUCGGGCAACGGGCGAAGGGCGCCACGAAACCGAGUACAAUGAAGCUGACCUCCGCCAGGAAGCAAUGAGCCAGGCGGCUCAAGACGCCACAGGGCAGCUGGUGCGACGAAUCACAGACGAAGAGUUGUCGAAACAGCGAGACAGCGAGCAAUGGCUCCACGUGCUGCAGCGGGCGCGGCGUCGGGAUACGCUCAAGACACUUGUCAAGAAGGACGUCGUGGACGAGGCCACUCGACGUCUCAACGACCUGAACGAUUCCGUACUUCGAAAGUACAAAACCCAAUCCAGUUUGUAG